GCACCUGAACGACAAAAUAAAAAUAAAGUUUGGCCUUGCGAUAUCUCAGUUAGUGGAUGUGGAUGAGAAAAACCAGUUAAUGACAACAAAUGUCUGGUUGAAACAGGAGUGGACGGACGUGAAGUUAAGAUGGCAUCCUGAGGAGUACGGAGGAAUAAAAGUUAUACGUGUCCCUUCAGACUCUCUCUGGACUCCAGACAUCGUUUUGUUUGAUAACGCAGACGGGCGUUUUGAGGGGGCCAGCACAAAAGCUGUCGUCAGGCAUGACGGCACGGUGACCUGGACGCCACCUGCAAACUACAAGAGUUCCUGCACCAUCGAUGUCACGUUUUUCCCAUUCGAUCUCCAAAACUGUUCCAUGAAGUUUGGUUCUUGGACUUACGAUGGAUCACAGGUUGAUAUCAUUUUGGAGGACCAAGACGUAGACAAGAGAGACUUCUUCGACAACGGAGAGUGGGAGAUUGUCAGCGCCACGGGGAGCAAAGGGAACAGGACGGACAGCUCCUGCUGGUACCCGCACAUCACGUACUCCUUUGUCAUCAAGCGCCUGCCUCUCUUCUACACCUUAUUCCUUAUCAUUCCCUGUAUCGGCCUCUCCUUCCUAACCGUGCUCGUCUUCUAUCUCCCCUCCCACGAAGGGGAGAAGAUCUGUCUCUGCACGUCUGUACUGGUCUCUUUGACGGUCUUCCUGCUGGUUAUCGAGGAGAUCAUCCCCUCGUCUUCCAAAGUGAUCCCUCUGAUCGGAGAGUACCUGGUGUUCACCAUGAUUUUUGUGACGCUGUCCAUCAUGGUCACCGUCUUCGCCAUCAACAUCCACCACCGCUCCUCCUCAACACACGACGCCAUGGCGCCCUGGGUCCGCAGGGUCUUUCUGCACAAGCUUCCCAAACUGCUCUGCAUGAGAAGCCACGUGGACCGGUACUUUGCUCCGAAAGAGGGGACUGAGGGCGCUGGGAGACCAGAGUCUUCUCAAAACCCACUGGAGGCUGCGCUGGAUUCCAUCCGCUACAUCACCAGACACGUCAUGAAGGAGAACGACGUCCGUGAGGUUGUUGAAGACUGGAAAUUCAUAGCCCAGGUGCUGGACCGGAUGUUUCUGUGGACUUUUCUUCUGGUUUCAGUUGUUGGAUCUCUCGGGCUUUUUGUUCCUGUUAUUCACAAGUGGGCCAACAUAACAGUCCCGGUUCACAUCGGACAGGCAAGCAAGUGA